UUGUAGCAAAAUUUGACGACGGAUUAGACUUAACCAUGAGACCAUGUGCCUUAGAAUUAGGAAUUAAUCAAAUUGAUUUUGCAGCAUAUGCUGAUAGAGAAGGCAGAAGAGGUACUAAAGUAGUGUGGGUGUUGUGUGAAGAUAAACAUAAAACAUCCAGAAAAUAUAAGAAAGGGGAAGUUCAGUUAGUGGCAUGUAUGAUUGCAGCAGCUCAAUGGAAUUUUGCUAAGUUGAGCGAGGUAUAUCCAGAAAAACUUGUGGGCAUUAGAGUAAUUGGAGAUGCGUUUUGUUUUUAUUCGGCCAAUAUCGAUCUAUCUUAUCUCAAAGAUCUAGCAAUUGGUUUUCCUAAAAACGAUUUACAUGUUCACAAAUAUCCCAAAGAUUCCAUAUUUCAAACGCUAUUGAAAGACUAG